UUGUAGGCCUAUACGUACCGCAGAAAUGCUCUUCCUUUUAUCCUUUUAGAGGAAUAAUAAAUAUGGAAGUUAGUGUUGGUUAGAGAGCAACGAAUAAUGGAGGGAAAGAGUUUUCAAUAUCUGGCCCUGUUUGCAGGGCUUUUUCUCUGCCUUUUACACUGUAAAGGUGUGUUAUCGAUCUGCGACGACAUCGAAAUGAUUGACUUUGCGGAAAUCACCUAUCCAAGUUCGGCACCCCAUCCUGAGGGGAGUGUGGCGAACAUUUCUUGCAGUUUCUUUUAUCAGAUUGUGCCUAAUAAUUUUAAGAAUACAACAUGCAUCAAUGGGUCGUGGUCCGGAAGAUUACCCCGAUGUAGACAUCGUCCGGAAUAUUGUAAUCGUCACGAGGGACUUAUUCGAAUCCAGGAGAAGGAAUGUCAAACCCCGAGAUGUAACCGCCAGAGGAGAGCUUGCCCGGUUAACAAACGAUGUAUAUGUGACGGAGUGUGCGGAUGGACAUGCCUCCCAAUUUAUGAGGAUAAUUUCUGCCCAGAGGUUGCUGAAGAAGAAGGGGUCCUGGUCACCUAUGAUCCCCCAGAACGUCGCUUCCAAGGCAAAGCCUAUUUCUCCUGCAGGGAGGGCUACACCCCAAAUGAGUCUGGAAGUGAAAGACUACGUUGCAUGAGCAACAGAAAUUGGGGCGGAGGAAACCAAUUCAUUUGCAUCCCAAAUUCUAUCUGUGGAGACCCACCCAUCGUGGAUAACGCCUCAUUACAGCCGAGCAACAAGCAUUUCUUCCUACCCGGUGAUACCCGUUCAUAUGUUUGCAAUUCUGGUUUCUCUAUCCGCGGCUCUCGAGAAAUCACCUGUGAUGCAGACUAUGAGUGGUCGGAACAAGCAUUCUCCUGCACACCUCGUUCGUGUGGCUACCCGGGAAGACUACCCAAUGCCGAUCUCACCACUCGGGUAUACCAGUACAGGAGUCGGGCAGUAUAUGUGUGUCGGGAAGGAUACGAGAACCCACCUUACACCCUUAACUAUAGAACCUGCCUUGAAAACGGCGAAUGGUCUCGUAUAUUACCAACUUGUGAACCUGUUCGGUGCCCAGAAAUACUUGGGAUAGCCAAUGGUAGAGUGGAUAGCUGGGGCCAUACGUUUGAAAGCCAGGUCAGGUUUGAGUGUAACGAGGGAUACCGCCUUGACGGAAGUCAGAGAAGGGUUUGCCAAGGAGACAAAACAUGGAGUGGAACAGAAACUGUGUGUACAGAAGUUAUAUGUGAAGACCAAGGAACUCUCAUUAAUGGCUACAAGACGAAUGAGAAAUCUGUGUACCGUCUGAAUGAUGUGAUUUACUAUCACUGCAAUGACGGGUUUACACGGGAUGGGGAACCACUCAGCUAUUGCACUGAGUCAGGAAACUGGCAAUACCCAAUGCCUGUGUGUGGAGAAUCAUGCACAGUUCCUCCUCACCCACGAGAUGGACAGUGGACGAACUUACAACCAGAAAGUAUUGUAACCCACAACACCAGACUUGAGUUACGCUGCCGCAACUGGAGAUUCACAGAGAGACUAAACAAUGUUAGGUGUAAUGAUGGAGAAUGGUCUGAUAGUGAUGCAGUACGUCUUUGUAAAGGAAGACCAUGUGGCAUGAGGGGCUCUAACGAUAUAGCUUUGAAUAUAGCAUAUGAUCCACCCAUCUCCGAUGAGGACCGCUCUUCCCAUCUGAUUCCACAUGAUACAAGAGUACAUUACGAAUGUGAACGGGGCUAUCGUCUGAAUGGGAAUCAAGAGAUGAGAUGCUCGCAGGGGAGUUAUGGGUAUGGUUCAAAUGUGCCCACAUGUGAACCUGUUCUAUGCCAAGAGGAAGGUGUACCCCAUGGAAAGUUUGUUUACACAUCCCCUAGCCAACAAUUAAAGCGAUCAGAUCCUCAUCAUGGAGACACUCGGCGCCUUGAUUGCAGGAAUGGUUACAGACCAUGGGGCUUUACUCAGAGUCGAUGUGACAAUGGUCAAUGGGACAAUAACGGAAGUCAAGAUUUCAGAUGUGAGCCAAAGCCAUGUGAACCUCUCGAAAAUGUGAUGAACAAGAAAAGUAUAAGCUAUAGCACAAGCCAGGAAAAUGGGAAAUACUCGCAUGGGACUGUGCUAACGGUCCAUUGUAACACAGACUACAUACCCGCUUACGGUAACGGAACUGUGACCUGCAAUGCAUCCAGAUGGUGGCCAGUUAUUCCUACCUGUCUACAUUCAAGGAACAAGAUAAAAGAAUCAGAUUCCUCUCAAACUCCAAGCAGGCAUGGUGGUUUCAUAGACAGUGCAUGGCUGGCAAGGGAUGGCCAUAAGGACAGUGGGGAAGAAUAUUGCUCAAGGACCAGGGUGACCAAAAACCCGUGGUGGAAAACUGUAAUGCAUGACGUCUACAACCUGACCUUGGUGAAAAUAUACAACCGCCUCGAUAGAAACGAUCAUAGAUAUGAUUUAGUGGGUGCAGAGGUGAGAAUAGGCGUACAUGAAGAUUACUCAAGAAACCAGCUGUGUGGAGCCCAAAUAACACAUCAACAAGUUGCGGACAGUAACGAAGAAAACCAUGGGAUUGCAAUAAGGUGCGUGAGAAACGGCUCUGCUGGUAUCUACGGGAGUGUUGUCAGUGUGCAUAUUCCAACUGGGCCUGACGAGGAACGGGAGCUCAGCCUAUGUGAAGUUGAGGUAUAUGAAGAAGGAAGCUCUAUAUCAGUAAACGGUCCCAGGAAUGGAUCACGGGUGGGAUGCAUUGUUCCCGAUGUGGAGAAUGCUGAUAUAUCUAACAUCGGGAUUGCAAAGCAGCAAGUUGUUUUGGCUGGUACCUCCAUUCGAAUCUCAUGUAAUGCUGGUCACACCCUCAGAGGUUCAGACGACUCCAGGCAAGUUGAUCUUCACUGUCUUGACAGUUCAUCCUGGGAUGAAAGUGAACCUGUGUGUGAGCCACAAUCCUGCACUGUUGAUCGUCUACAAAAUGGCGGAUUUCCUGGGCGGAAAAUCAAUUACACCCACGGUGAAAACAUUACUUUCGCUUGUAAACCUGGGUAUGAGAAAGAACAUGAUAGGUAUUGGUGUGACAAAAGUGCAGCAAUCCCACGCAAUCCUAGAUGUAUUCAAGUCGUAGGUGACCUGUGUCCUGACUCCUACACUUUCAAGCAUUGUCCAAGGGUCUCUGGGCGUGGCGGUGGAGUGGCUUUUCUUCACAAGGACAGUCUUCACGUUGUCACCAAGCCGCAUGAAAAAUUCAACAGUUUUGAAUGUCUAUCCGCAACCAUCUCCAACGAUGUUAAUUGCAUGGACAUCUCUGUAAUCUACAGGCCUCCUGGUGGACAUAGCUUUUCCAGAUUCCUAGAUGAAUUCUCUGAUUUCCUGGAUAGAAGCAUAUGGUCCUUUUCACGGUCAAGGGUGUAA